CGCCCUUUAGAUCCCCGUUUCAUAAUCUUCCCCAAUUCGUAACUGAGGCAAAAAUCAAGGUAGGGCGGCCGCCCUACCUUGCCCUACUGGGUCCUCCGCCCGUGUUCCUCAUGGCCCGAGAUCUCCAGUACUAGCGGUCGGUCUGCCUAGGUGCUCAAUGACUGCAGGCUGCCUCCUUUCCACGCUUCCACCAUCUGUGAAUCGCCGUUUGAAUAGCAGGGUUCAAGGCAGUAGAUCUCUUCCUCUGCAGCUGAAUUGUGUUUCCCCCAUUGCCUCCAAAGCGAUUUUGACCUGGGGCAUGGAUCGCAGCUUGUUCAGCCGUCGUACAGUUGUCCAUGCCCAAGGGUUCCCUAUCAUGGAUGCGGCAAAUGAUGCAAACCCGUCAUCUAAACUCCACACAAGACUGAGACUCUGGGAGUUUACUGACCGUUAUAUAUUUGAACCAAUUGAUGGCCUUGCUGACUUGUAUUUGUCAGUUAACCGGUCCAGUGGAUCAAUGAAUUUAGUAGAUGAGUUGCCACCACGUAGCCCCUCCACGAAUCCUAAAGUUCGCACAGUGUACGGUGUGAUAGGUGCGCUGAAACUUGCAGUUGGAUCGUAUUUUUUGGUGAUCACCGACCGUGAUUGUGUGGGAUCCUACUUGGGACAUGCAAUUUUUAAAGUGACUGGACUAAAAGUUCUCCCAUGCAAUGACUCACUGAACACAUCUGCUGAGCAGAAGAAAAUGGAAUCAGAAAUUUCGGAACUCAUGGAUGCUGCAGAGAGGACUAUAGGCCUCUACUUCUCCUACGAUAUCAACUUAACACUUAAUUCGCAGAGGCUAUAUGAUCUAGGUGACGAGUUCAAAUCACGUCCUCUUUGGAGACAGGCAGAACCAAGAUUUUUAUGGAAUAGCUACUUGUUGGAACCUCUAAUUGAAAACAAACUGGACCAGUACUUAUUACCAGUCAUUCAAGGCAGUUUUCAGAACAUACAUGCAGAAGUUGGGUCAGAGAAAGUAGAUGUUACACUGAUUGCACGUAGGUGCACGGGGAGGAUAGGUACUCGUAUGUGGAGACGGGGAGCUGAUCCAGAGGGUUAUGCGGCAAAUUUUGUUGAAUCAGAGCAAAUAGUGCAAUCAAAAGGGUAUACAGCAUCAUAUGUACAAGUUCGAGGUUCGAUGCCAUUCUUGUGGGAGCAGAUCGUUGAUUUGACAUACAAACCUAGCUUCGAUGUUGUUAGACAAGAGGAAGCGCCUCAUGUACUUGAGCGGCACUUCAAUGACUUGCAAAAGAAAUAUGGAGCGAUAUUGGCUGUUGAUCUUGUCAAUACGCAUGGUGGUGAAGGGCGCCUCCGUGAAAGAUAUGCAAAAUCUAUCGAACCUAUUCUCAGUGAAGAUAUAAGAUAUGUGCAUUUUGACUUCCAUCGUAUUUGUGGUCAUAUUCACUUCGAGCACCUUUCUCAGCUGUAUGAUCAAAUUGAGGAUUAUUUGAAGAAACACAGGUACUUCCUAUUGAAUGAUAAAGGCGAGAAGAUUCAGGAGCAGGUUGGCACUGUCAGAACAAAUUGUAUUGAUUGUUUAGAUCGUACCAAUGUAACUCAGAGCAUGAUCGGGAGAAGAAUUCUGGAAAGCCAACUUCAACGAGUAGGGGUUUUUGGUGUUAACGAUACUAUAAGCAAGUAUCCAGCUUUUGAUGCAAGCUACAAAGUUUUGUGGGCCAAUCAUGGAGAUGCAAUAAGUAUUCAGUACUCUGGAACUCCUGCUUUGAAGGGAGAUUUUGUUCGGUACGGGAAGCGAAGUGCCCAGGGAAUUUUAAAUGAUCUCCAGUAUUCACUUGCUAGAUACUACUUGAACAACUUUGCAGAUGGGACAAAGCAGGAUGCCAUGGAUCUUCUUCAAGGGCGUUACAUCACAUCUGUUAGUCGGGACAUCGCAGCUCCAAGCAAAGCAGGAUCUCUAGAGAAUUAUGCGUCCGCUCGUCUUGCUUUUGCGUUGGUUUCGGGAGCAUUUAUGUUCAUGAUGAUGUCUCUAAGACAAGCUCGGAAUGAUGGUCGCCAUUUGUUGCUGUCAGUUCUGUGGGCUGGUCUUUGUAUUGGCAUCACACACUUUGUUAGAACCAAUGGCCGGGUGUUCACAAACCGACCUCGUAUUUAUCAGUCACGCCAUUGAUGGAAGCAAAUGUACAAUUUUGAGUGCCAAGUGCGCUGCCUGAUAGAUUAUGAUCAUUCAUCAAACAAUGGCAGCACCUAUUUCUAAUUAUUGCCCUUUCUUUUCUCAUGAAUAUCAUGUUUCAUAUUUGUUGUUCCUUUAUGUUCAUAAUGGAUUGUCGGUCAGUAAUCAGCUGUUGCUAGUUGCUGCAAUCACUUCCAAUAUUCAGACAUGAGCUGAUAUUUACAGCAUAUCUUGUUAUGCUGAAGCUGAGUUAGCUGACCUGUUGCAAAUACAUUAUUUCUUCUUUGACCAGCCCUUGUAUAUUGUGUAAUAAUAAUGAAACAUUGUAAAAUUGUGUACAGUACAAAGUGCCAUCCUUCACGUUUCA